CGGUAGGAAGUGGCUUGCGUGACUGCAUGCCUCCCUUAUGCGUUUCCCUCGCUCAUGUCUUUCUUUCAGGACCGUGCAACACAUGCAGGUUUUGAAAACCUGGCACGUAUCAGAAAAAGAAGGACUAAGAAGAAAAAUUGGCAAGACGCAUAUCUGAGGAGUUAAGAAACCAACAUCCUUGGUGUCUGGGGGAAUAAAGUAACGGGCAGCAUCAGGCAGAGUUAUUGGACGCAAAGUGCGAAACCUAUGAAGAGACUGCAGCUUACUGUACCUGGUCGUCGCGGCAGCGCUUGUGGACUGAAGGACGAAAUGAAUGAGGAGGCGCGGCAGUAGGCGAGUCACGAGCCUAACGGUCUGCAGCGGCGUUCCGGGUGGAGCUGGGCUCUGCGCUCCCUGCACGAGGAGAGGGCGCCGAAUGAAUGCACGCCCGGGCCAUCGAGCAGCAAGUUAGCGAUGGCAGCACAGGAGGAGGAGAGGUUGCCAAGGGUGACAGUACUUCAUGAAUACAUUGGCAAUAGAACAUUUGAGGUUUCCCCCACCUCAACUAUAAGAGACAUCAAGCAGCUCAUCUAUAUAGAAACAAACCUUCCUGUACUCGAGCAGCAGCUGUCACAAAAAGGAAAAGAGAUAAAUGAUAGGGUUCAGAUUGGAGAUCUCUUGCAUUCUAGAGGCUGCAUAAUUUUUCUUGUCCUUAAUACAAAAGGACUAAAAGGUGGAGGAAGAUUUGGUCAGACUACACCACCAUUAGUGGAAUUUUUGAAAGAUAUUUUAAGACGGUAUCCAGAGGGAGGACAAAUUUUAAAGGAGCUAAUUCAGAAUGCAGAAGAUGCAGGAGCUACUGAAGUUAAGUUUAUGUACGAUGAACGAGAAUAUGGAAGAGAGUCUCUUUGGUCAGCAGAUAUGGAACAGUAUCAGGGACCAGCUUUGUAUGCCUAUAAUAAUGCAAUUUUCACUAUGGAAGACUGGAAUGGAAUUCAGGAAAUUGCAAGAAGCAGAAAAAGAGAAGACCCACUUAAAGUUGGUAGAUUUGGAAUUGGAUUUAACUCUGUUUACCACUUGACAGAUGUUCCAAGCAUUUUCAGCGGUGAUCAGAUUGGAAUUUUAGAUCCUCAUCAAGUGCUUUUUGGGCCUCAUGAAUCAGGACAGUGUUGGAAUUUAAAAACAGAUAUUAAAGAAAUAACUGAACAUGUAGACCAGUUUGCUCCUUAUGUUGGCAUCUUUGGAAUUUCAGAGAAAAUGAUCAAAGAUGGAAUUUUCCCUGGCACUUUAUUCAGGUUUCCACUUCGAAUCAAACCUUCUCAGCUGAGCAGCAACAUUUAUAAUAAAGAGAAGGUACUCGAGCUGUUUGAGUCUUUUAAAGUAGAUGCAGACACUGUGCUCCUUUUUCUUAAAAAUGUACAGGUGGUAUCUUUGCAUGUGAGGGAAUCGGAUGGCACUGAAAGGAUGUUGUUCAGGGUAACUGCUGGGGAGAAUCAAGAACUAAAACUUGAACGACCAGACUCUUUAAAGACUUUAGGCUUGGCUAUAGACCAGUACAAUAAUGGUGUUCAAUGCAACAAAAUAACAUGUGCAAUAUAUCAAGUUAAUAUAGUGACUGAAGAUGAAACAGCCAAGGAGACACAGAAAGCCUCUUGGCUUGUCUGCAAUAGCAUAGGUGGUCGCGGCAUAUGCAAUGAGAUGGACUGUUUAGCAGAUGACUUGAAAUUUAUUCCUGUUAUUGGACUAGCAAUGCCUUUAACAUUUAUGGAUGAGGAAAAGGGAGCUGUGAGUGGAUUCUCAGGGAGAGCAUUUUGCUUUCUUCCUCUUCCCCCUGGAGAAGAAAGUAUGACUGGUCUUCCUGUUCAUGUGAGUGGAUUUUUUGGAUUAACUGACAACCGGAGAAGCAUCAAAUGGAGAGAAGUUGACCAGUGGAGAGAUCCCGCAGCAUUGUGGAAUGAGCUCCUUAUUUUAAAUGUAGUUCCAAGAGCAUACGUCACUCUUCUUUUGGAAGCCAUCAAAAGGAUCCAGACAGAAAAGGACCAGGAUUUUGCUCUGUCUGCUGUAGGCAUAUAUAUGACCUGGCCAGAUCUAAACCAGGUUCGGGCUCGCUGGAAACCAGUUCUUGAGCCUCUCUAUCAGGAACUCUUCCAACAUGCAAUUAUCUACUCAUUUGGUGAGCGGUGGCUUAAAAUAGGUGCUGUUCAUUUCUGUGAACUGGAUGACAGCAUUCACUACACAGAGACUGUCAUAAACUACCUCCAAACCUCAGGAAUGCAGGUUGCCAAAGUACCUGCCAAUGUAGCUACUGCCUUGGACCAUUACACAUCAGAUUCCAAGUUAGUAAAAAAAGUUACUCCUGCAUUGGUACGACAAGUAUUAAGGAAGAUCAAGCACAAAGGGACAUCACAAGAAAAACUACAGUUAUUGGAAUAUGUCCUCUCUGAUGAAAAUUACAGUGAGCUUAUUGGUCUGGAGCUGCUUCCCUUACAGAAUGGCACAUUUACGUCCUUUUCUUCUGCAUCAGCUGAAAAAGAUGCAGUAUACAUAGCUACAGAUGAAUUUCCAAGGUCACUGUUCCCAGGACUGGAGGGAAGAUUUAUUUCAGAAAAUAUAAAUCCUUCUACCAGGACUGCCCUCAAGGAAUCUGUGAAAAGCAGAGUUAAUUAACAAUAUGCAGUCUGGGAUUGCCCAUGUGUUAAUGGAAUGAGUAACACAGCUGCUUAAAUUUC